AUGGAAGCAGGCCAAACUCGCAGAGUCAUCCCGACCUACCUCGGAUGGUCAAUUUUCAGCACCUUAUGUUGUUGUUUACCUUUAGGGAUUGCAGCCAUCGUUUGCUCCUGCAGGGCACAGAAUGCAAAUUCUGAAGGAGAUCAAAUCAUGGCAAAAGAUGCCUCAAGGACAGCAAAAAUUCUGAAUGUGAUUGGCCUUGUGUGUGGAAUGGUCUUCUUGGUCAUCCUCAUUGCCUUGUGGGCCAGUGGAGUGGGACACAAAUGA